AUGGAACAUGAUAAAGAUUUGAAUCGUGCAUCAAGUUCUUCAGAACAAGAAAGCAAUCCCGUUCUUGGAACUCAAAGGCCUGCCUCUAUUCAACAACGAAGAGUGACUGGUCCUACAAGAAGAUCAACUAAAGGAGGUUGGACAGAGAAGGAGGAUAAACUUUUGAUUGAUGCUGUAAAAAAGUAUAAUGGAAAAAGUUGGAAAAAGAUAGCUGCAUGUGUUACUGGCAGAACAGAUGUUCAAUGUCUGCAUCGUUGGCAAAAGGUUUUGAAUCCUGAUCUUAUCAAAGGACCUUGGUCAGAACAGGAAGAUAAUCAACUAAGUGAGCUUGUUAAGAUAAAUGGGAAAAAAAAUUGGUCUCAGGUAGCAAAGUCCUUACCAGGUCGCAUAGGUAAACAAUGUAGAGAAAGGAUUGGUUUUGCCAUCCAAAAAGGUCUAACGGCACAGCUUGUUGCCCGCUUGGCUUCUAUUCAAGUGUAA